GCAUCAGUUGAUUCGGCGGAUUUCGCAAUUGUCGCACGGCGGUCACGCCAGCGAUAAGCAGCCUCCCUUGGUGUUCUGGGCCUCUUGUCAGACCUCUUACGUCCCUUCCACGGCUUUUUUUCUCACCCGCAACCGUGCCUACGUCAUCACGGCGCUGGGCUCAUCGGACGCGGCCCACGGCCCCAAGGACCGAUUUAAGGUCGUGAAAAUCACGAAUCCCGAACCCAGCCAACGAGGCCGAUGGACCGGGUUAGACUUUGCCGAUCGUCAGAAUCCCAUGGCUUCCAGCAGUGGCCGCUUAGCCUCAUCCCGUUCCGAGGCCCACAUUGACCCCAAUGGUCUGUCCGGCCGGGAUGGGCUGUCCACCAAGAUGCCUUCCACUUCUACCCACCACCACCAUCACCCACCCUCCCAGCAGCCACAACAACAAUCGCUUCCCGCUUCCGCUCGGCACUCCAUGGGCCCCAACGGAGCUUAUGGCCCGCCGCAAAAGCUGGUUCUGCCGCCUGCGGGCUCGCAAACACCUUCGGCUCAGGCCAACAAGCUUCCUACGCCCAAACCCCAAGCCCCCACACCCGUUUUUCCAGCCCCGGGUGCAGCCAGGCCCGGUCAGCCGCCCACAUCCCAGCCUCAACUGAUGCCCAACACCCAAACCCAGGGUAAGAACCUUAAUGGUGGAAUGCCGACCAUGCCUGGCCAGUCGCAAUUGCAGUCACAGCCACCGCAACAACCCCCACCAUCCCACCCUCAACAUAUCCCGGGUCAGCCUUAUGUCGGUCAAGUGGGCCCGCCCCAGCCUCAAACCCAGCAGGCUCAGCAGAAGCAGCCGUCGCCCUACGCAUUACCCACCUCUCAGUACAUGAUGGUGGCCUCAACAGGGGCCAACCUGACUCAAGGUGGGCCCGGCAUUGUGACCACUGUCUCCUCUAUGACAUCAGGUCAGGAUCGAGACCUACCUAAUCACCCGGCGAAGGAAGGUAACGACCCCAAUGCCAACAUGCCGUCUCUCCCAGGUCAGGCACACUAUGCGAGUUUGCUUCCCACUCAACAUCAACAGUUGUUGGCCGCCCAGCAAAAGCAACAACAACAACAACAACAACAACAAGGCCAAUCUGGUAUGUUCUCACAACCGCCUGAUCACCCCCAUCUGUACUACAAUCCCAAUCACCCUGGGGCGCCUCCGCCCCAGCACCAUUACUUGCCAUAUACGCCCCAGAGCGCUAGCAACGGCCAGCCUUCAAGGUCUUCAGCGGGUCCACAGGGGGUACCUUCCUCGGGCUCGGGCCAACCAUCUGUGAUGGCUAAUGUGCAACAGCAGCAGCAACAACAGCAACAACAACAACUUCCCCAUCAGUCUCGAAGUGUAGACCACGAGUAUGGAAACUUUGUUCCCAACCAUCAUCCUGGGUUCUCUCACCCGCCUCGGUCUCAUUUGUUGGAACAAUUCAAUGGAGACCUGCUGGAUAAUGACCAGUUGGUGGAGAGAUUGGAGGAAAUCUCCUCAACUCAACCUUCCGGAACCCCCGAAGAGGGAGCUGAGGAUGGAGAAAGUUGCAUCCACCGGGUGGGCAUGUCCACCUUCGCUGGGGCGUGUCAUUUGUGCAAGGUGGCACACUUUGACAGAUUGACCGUGACCGCCCCGUCCACACCCACGGGCAAUCGCAGUCCGUCGAAAGACCAAUGGCCCAAUGUGCCAAGGAACUCGAUCCCGCACGUUACUCAGAGUAGUAGUUCCAUGGCAGCUGAAUUUGGCCCUUCAGUUGUUUCGGCAGCUGCUGGAUCUGGUGCCGCCCUCUUUGCUUCUAUAUGCAGUGCCUCUGGGAACAGCCAAGGAGCAAUUGACAACAGGAUUGAGCAAGCCAUGGAUUUGGUUAAAUCACACUUGAUGAACGCGGUGCGUAGCGAAGUGGAAGAGCUCAAGGAGAAGAUCAUUGGUUUAGAGACCAAGAUCGACCAUCUCCAGUCAGAAAACGAGAUCCUCAAAGCCCACGCCCCGUCGGAUGUCGUCCAACAGCUUCCACAAUUGGCACCCACCCCUCCACAAAUGAUCUUGGCACCCCCGCCAGCCGCCAACAACGCCAACAUGAACAACAUCAUGGCGGGUCCUUCCCAACCAGUUGCUAUUCAACAACCUCAACCACAACAACAACAGCAACAGCCGCAGCCACAAGCCGUAGUUUCCAAUGGCAUGAUCAACGGUCAUGUCCAUCCGCAACAGAUCAAUAAUGGACCGACUGCACAACAAAAUUGAUUCGCCAAAUGAGAUCUAGAUACCAAGAGUUGAUCCCCUCUAAGGAUAGGUCAGCAAAGUACGACACUAUAUUACUACUCUAUAUUAGUACAUUACGACUUUAUCUUACUAUUACAAGAACAACUACAAGUACUACUACCGCUUCUACUACAGCAACCCCCAUACAUUCAUGUCAGUUCGUCUUAAUUGUCAAAAUAAGCAAGAGCGAAAAACUGCAACUCCGAAAUGAAAGUGGGAAGAUUAAUGAAUACCCAUGGCAAAGGCAGACCAAUCAGGGUUUGUAAAAAUCCAUCACCCAUCCAUCCCAUCCCCCAAUCACCCCCAUCUUACGAAAUUGAUCAAAAAUUGAAACUUCAUUUGUCAAUAUUUCAAUUACGAAUAAAAUCGGCCAGGACGUCCUUGGGGCGUCCCAAUUUUUGUACAUACCACACCACCCUUUGAUGCCAUUGUUUGACUGGCCCUUUUCUUUUGAUUGGUCCACCCUGUGUAACACUGUACAGGGUGCGGAAUCGAAUUGUGUCUUUUUUCCAAUUGAUAUUGUGCAAUAUAUUCACACAUUCAUGAACGACAA